UGUUUUAUGUUGCAGUAUGUCAGCAACAAUAAAGCUGCUGAUAAUGAUUGGUUUCGCUUGGAAUCCAACAAGGAUGGAACACGGUGGUUUGGCAAGUGCUGGUACUUCCAAAAUCUGCUGAAAUAUGAAUUUGAAAUUGAAUUUGAUAUACCGGUGACAUAUCCAACCACAGCCCCAGAGAUUGCACUUCCAGAGUUGGAUGGAAAAACAGCAAAGAUGUACAGGGGUGGAAAGAUUUGCCUGACCGAUCACUUUAAACCAUUGUGGGGAAGAAAUGUGCCAAAAUUUGGCAUCGCGCAUGCAAUGGCUCUGGGCUUAGGACCAUGGUUAGCAGUGGAAAUUCCAGACCUUAUUGAAAAAGAAAUAAUUACACACAAGGACGAGGCUACAAAAUAACAGCAUUAUAUAUGUAAAACUAUUUAUUAAGAAAACAUAUUAUAAAUUCAUUUAUUCAAGUGAGGAAUGAAUUUUAUUUUUUGUCUAAACUUAUUUGUCACUUAAAAUAAAUAUUAGCAUAGUACAUUUUCAAAUGAGUUCCUUUUAAAAAUACAUACUAUCUUAUGAAUUGCUUGCAAGCACAAUGGAAUAAUAUCAACACAUCACGGUGGUUUCAUGAAUUUGCGCGGAAUCUUGAACACCAAUACAUAUAGUUUUGACACAUUGUUAUGUAUAUUUUGCUAAUUGAUACCUUUAAUUAAAGCAAGGAAAUAUGAAAUUCUUCCAA